CAAGCAACGGAUCAAAUUGUAAACAACGCGAGACAAAUCGCUUUGAAUACGUAUAUGAAAGAAUUUCAUCGACUUUUUGUCCCAUAGAAUACCGAAAUGCCUCCAAAAGCGAAGAAAAAGGGAGGAAAGAAAUCUGCCAAGCCCAAAAGCGCUGUCGUUAUUGAUGGCAUCAGCACUGAAGAGAUGACAAAGGAACAACUCGAAGAACAUGUGGGACGUUUGCGAGAGGAGCUCGAUCGUGAGCGCGAAGAACGCAACUAUUUUCAACUGGAACGCGAUAAAGUCAACACGUUCUGGGAGAUCACGAAAAAACAGUUUGAAGAAAAGAAAGCCGAACUGCGAAAUCGGGACAGGGAAAUUGAAGAAGCGGAAGAACGACAUCAAGUUGAAAUAAAAGUCUAUAAACAGAAAGUAAAACAUUUGCUCUACGAGCAUCAGAACAACGUGACAGAACUUAAAGCAGACGGAAUUGUGUCGUUGAAACUAGCUCAAGAUGAACAUAGAACUAACGAAAAGGACCUUCGUACCGAUAAACGAGCUUUGAAGGUUGAGCUGAAAGAGCAAGAGUUAGCUCAUGAGGAUAUUGUGAAAAAUUUAAAAAGGGGUCAAGACGAGAACAUCACGAAACUCAGGCAAGACUACGAGCGAGAAGUAAAAGAGGUUGAAUCAAAGUAUGAAAGAAAGUUGCGAUCCUUAAGAGAAGAGCUAGAACUUCGCCGUAAGACUGAAAUGCACGAAAUCGAGGAGCGAAAAAACAGCCAAAUCAACACGUUGAUGAAGAACCACGAAAAGGCGUUUAGUGACAUCAAGAACUACUACAACGACAUUACUUUGAACAACUUAGCGCUUAUCAACUCUCUUAAGGAACAAGUGGAAGACAUGAAGAAAAAAGAAGAGAGGAUGGAAAAACAAAUGAAUGAAAUUACGGCAGAAAACAAGAGAUUAACCGAACCACUACAAAAAGCUCGAGAACAAGUUGAAGAACUCCGGAAACAGUUGGCGAAUUAUGAAAAAGAUAAGGCAUCGUUAGCUAGUGCAAAAGCGAGACUUAAAGUGCAAGGAAAUAGUCUGAGUAAAUUAGAAUGGGAACAAGAGGUGCUUCAGCAAAGAUUCGCAAUGACACAAGGUGAACGGGAUGAGUUAUAUAACAAAUUCGUCAAGGCCAUUCACGAGGUUCAACAGAAGAGCAACUUUAAAAACUUAUUAUUGGAGAAAAAAUUAACAGCUCUAACUGACACUUUGGAGAAAAAGGAGGCGCAAUUGAACGAAGUUCUGUCAGCAUCAAAUCUUGAUCCUACGGCAUUGACCGUUGUUACAAGAAAAUUAGAGGAUGUACUGGAUUCUAAGAACAGCGCCAUAAAGGAUUUACAAUACGAACUCGCUCGAGUGUGUAAGGCACACAAUGAUCUCAUUCGAACCUAUGAAGCCAAAUUAAAGGCAUUCGGUGUUCCAGUAGAAGAACUUGGAUUCCAACCAUUAGAAAGCAAUGUUGGAAGUGAGAAAAUUGGCCAAGGUCCUGCUGGUCUUGUCGCAGCGCCCACGUAGUUAGACUGAGAAAGACGUGUUUCAAUAGCAUUCAAUUGAAAAUAAUUUUGUAAUACCAAAAUAAAGUCGGAAAGUGCAAUCAUGUUUACUCAUGUGAUUUAGUUGGAACUCUCAACUGUUAUUUCUUAUAAGUCUAGCCUAUGUUUGAACACUGUAAAUAUUGACUAAAGUGAUGAUAAAGAUUGUACUAAAAACGUGCAACAAAA